GACAGCGUACCAUCUCCUCUAGCAAACACGUUUUCUCCAUAUACAGCCUUGCUUGGUUUUUCGUGUCAAGGAUUUUGUUGUUUGGUUGUUGUUCGACUUCUCUUAAAAACAGCCAAGCUGUGCUUUAAAACAGCCAAGCUGUGCUUUUCUGCCCCAGGCGACUGUGACCAUGUCGGCAUCUCUUGUCAGAAAGGCCUUGGAGCUGUUCAAAGAUGAUCUUAUCGAAGACAGCAAAGAAGGCACCAAAGGCAAGAGGAAGUCCCAGACACCCCAGAACCCCCGAGACCUAAUCAGUACCAACAGGAGAGGAGUGAAGAAACAGCUGAAGAGACUACAGAACCACCGACAGAGAGACCACCUCACCGUCAAGGACAAGAUCACUGUGUCUGCUAUAGAACAGUACAAAAGGCAGCAGAAAGAAGACCACACAGCAGAGAACCUCAGAUUCAUGCGGAGUUUUAAGACAAAAGUCGACAGAAAUCUUGAAGAAAAGAUAUUAGCCCACCAGCGGGGAAGACUAGCAAAGAACCAGCCAAAGAAGAAGAGAAAGACGAAGGAAACUUCUGUUUUCUCCGAGGACGAUUUCUUAAAGUUCGAAGCAGAGUACGUCGGAGGAAAAAAAUAAAU